AUGGGAAAGAUUCGAAAGAAAUUCCAGAAGAAUGAAGCGAAACUUCGACCGGUGGCCGCCUAUGUGCCGCUGAAAGAAGACCAAAUUGACUUCGGACGGCUCGAGAAAGCGGCGAACACCGGCUCCUCUGAGGUGCAAUACUUGUUGCGGACGCAAUUCUCCUUCAAAAUGGUUUGCAGAGUUUGUUCGACCGAGUUCACCACUCUGCCGCAAAUCGUCACGCAUAAACGAAAGCAAUGCCGAAUGAGAAUGGAUACAGCUGGCGAGGAGGCGAUUGCUGAAGCGCUGCUUGAAAUCAUCGAUGAUCAGGAGAAAAGAGACGAGCUUCUAACUCUGAUGCAAAAACCGCCAAGAUCGAAAAACACGCGCGAUGUAGUGGCAGCAUCGGAGAAAAUCGAUAAGCAAAUGCUGAGGAAAAUCCCUGAUUCGACGAGGAUUGUCAAUGGAAAACAAUUGUGCCCAUCUCCUCGAAAACAAGACCUCUAUCGAAAGGACAAACUCGAGGCGGAAAAACGAGAGAUCAGCACCGUUGUUAUGCCAAAAGAACCAAAAGAAAUCGAAAUGGAGGACUUUAACUUGAGAGUGAAGAAGAAAGAGAUUAACAGUCGGAUUUUUGAGGAAGCGGAGCUGCCGAUCAUGAACCGUCUCAGCAUGCAUCCGAGCGCUGUCAAGUUCGCCGAUUUGGCCGCGAAGAAAUGUAUGGACAAGAAAUGCGCAAAUGAACAGGAAUUCAUCGAUCUCGAAUCAUUGGCCUAUCACAUCACCGCUUGUCACUCACUUCCACACAACGUCUAUCAAUGUCUCGUUUGUGGAAUCGUUUUCUUGGAAUACACAUCUCUUCGCGAACACGUCGGUGAAGAGCAUUCAGUGAUCCUUUGGCGUCAUAAAGCCCAUCGAGAAGCACAAGUGAAGACGAGAAAACGAAAAAUUGAUGAACCGACACCGAAAAAUGAAAUGGAAUUCGAUCCAGAAGAGCCAACGGAAAAACAGAGAAGAAUUCGAAGAGCUUUUUGCCGAAAAUCGAUUCAACCGCAAAAAGUCGAUGAAUCAGAAGAGGAUGAGGAAAAUGAAGAGGAUCAAAGAGAGAGGAAACUUUUGGAUAAAUUCUCCUAUCGCGAGUCGAUGGUUCGCUUGGUUCCACAGAGUAUCGAUGUUGGUUUGUUGGAGGAAUUGGAGAAGGCGAGCACUAGUACAACACUGCCUGUUCACACGUGGAAUGUUUCGAGGAUGGUGGCAAGAAAGCAUCUCGAUUUUCAAAAAGACGCCUUCGAAAAUGCGAUCGGAUGGAUGAUCAAGACACCGAAAAUGCGAAUAACUCGUGGUAAUGUGCAACGAGGAAAAGCUAUGCCGCCACCCACCGUGAAACCCAGUCCAAAUCAAUCGCCACCAGCUAAGAUUCUUCGCGAGACUCGGUCAAUUUCACGGCAAUCGGUGAAAGAGGUGAAAGUUGAGCCAAAGGAAGAAAUCGAGCAAAUCAAUACUACCGACCCACGAUUUGAGCUUAAAUUGAAGAUUUCAAGGAAAAACUUUGAGAUUGUUCCUAAAAAGCCUCGUUCACAAGAGAGAGGAAAAGUGAAUGGGAAACGUGUGCUCGAAGAUGAGGAAAUCGUUGCUGAUAUCGUUGACAAUUUGGUGAAACGAGUUGUACGAAAGGAAUAUAAAGAUUCUUAUAAAGCCCUCUUCGCCAAGAAGAAAUCUACUCCCGAGGAUCCGAUUGAAACGAAUCGACCACAGAGAGUACGCCAAGCGAACACGCGAUAUGUUGAUGGGAAAGAUUUUGUUGUUCCGGCCACAUUUCGACGAGGAAGAGGAUCGGCGAAUAACACUUCGAAAAUCACACCUGUUAAAGCAUCGCCGAGAAAGAAAGCAAUUGAAGUGAAAGAAGAAAGCGAUGAAAAUGAGGAAAUGGAAACACCGGAAUUGGAUGGGCCUUUUCUUGAUGAAGGAUUGGAUGAAGAUGAAUCAUUACAGGAAUUCAAAGAAGAUCACGAACUCGAUGAUGAAUCGAUUGUUAAAGAUGUACUGGAGUCGAUAGUUGAGAAAGUCGCACGAGAGCAAAGUGUUGAAGAAGAGGAACCAAUGAGUACUCAAAGAGCGAAACGAUCGCGAAAGUUACCGAAUUGGAUGGAGGACGAGAUGCUUGAUAUUGGACAAAAAUAUAAACCGAGAACCGCCAGCUCGUCAGAAUCUCAAUCGCCAAAGCCAACAAAGCGAGCCCGUAAAACGAAAACCCCGGCCUCAAAAAAGCUGCAAACAAAACGAAAAUAUCGAAAAACACAAGAGAAGCUCGGAGAUUCGGUGGUGUUGCCGGUGACGAAUGGAGAUGAAACGUCAAACUCUUUUCAAAUCCCGAUGACACCCGAUUCCCCAUUUGACAGUCCUGGCUCGAGUCGAAGGAAACAAAUGCUACAAGGGAUAACGGAUGAUAGUGAGGCAAAGAUCCUGCAAGUGAGCCAGAAGAACGCUAGAGGAAAAGUAGUCGAGGAUAUGUCUUUGGUACCCGUUUAUUUAACACCGUAUCAACGAGCUCAAAUCUUCUCUCACUUGGUCCCAAUCGGUAUGGAGUCCGAUCCCAACGGUCCACAUCGAUGCAAGGAUUGUGGAGCCGAGUUCAAGAAUCAUAAGGAGGGCCGCCGCCACGUCGUGAGUCAUGUGCGAGUGAUCCGAAUCCGUUGCACUCUAUGCAAAGUCGGCUCGUUCUUCAUCUCCGAUAUGAGAAAUCACAUCAUGUUCAAACACUGCCAACGCCUCGACAAGACCCCAGCCGGAGCGGUGGAUCAAAGUGGGCGCCUCCCUUGUAUGUCCCAAACUGCCGCCGACUCCUUCAUCGAAUUCGUGGAUCAGGCGAAUCAUGGACAUGUUAGCUACACAUCGGGCAAGAUCAUCUCGAUCAUAUCCCUGAAACCAUACCUACCCAAUGCUCGCAUUGAGGAGUCAAUCUUGGGGCCAACCCGUUUCUCCGAGCAUCCACUUGUCAUCCCCGAUGGAGUUGAUCCGGAAAUUGCAGCGAAUCAAGGUGUGUUGAUCCCUUGCCCACAAGAACCGGAGAGCUUACCAGCAACGAGGAGCACCGGCUCGCCCGCUCCUCUCCCCUCGCCACUCGCUCGCAGAUCGAUUUUGGGGAAAAAUGGCUCUCCCUGUCCAUCUGUACUCGCCUCGCCACCCACGAGACUUGCCCCAAUACUCCUCCCAGCCGCUCCACUCAUUGAUCCGUCAAGACCCGAAUUCAAGCGUUUCCCUCGGCUGAAAGAUGGUGAUUAUUUGGAUGUAGCAGAAACCGUUGAAAUUGUCGAUAAGAGGGGAUUCUUUUUUGGAUUCUUUGUUUUUUUUCUCACUGCGAGCACCUCUUGGCCAUAUGUGAUGGGCAAAGGAAACAGCAAACCAGCAAACGAGCAAAAGAAAAAGAAAGCCAAUAAGAAAUUGUUGCCUGAAGAGAUUCGAGAACUCGAGGAAAGGACAUAUUUUAGCAAGAAAGAGCUGAAAAAGUGGUAUAAAGAUUUCGUGCGCGAUUGUCCAACGGGCGAGCUGAAGAUCGAUGAAUUUCAAGGUAUCUAUAAACAAUUCUUCCCAAAUGGUGAUCCAUCAAAAUUCGCGGCUUUUGUUUUCAAUGUUUUCGAUGACAAUCAAGACGGGCACAUUUCAUUUAAAGAAUUUAUCGCUGCUUUAUCAAUAACAUCAAGAGGAACAUUAGAUGAGAAAUUGGAUUGGGCUUUUUCUUUGUAUGAUGUUGAUAAAGAUGGUUAUAUAACGAAAGAUGAAAUGGCUAAUAUUGUCGAUGCUAUUUAUUCGAUGAUUGGGAAUAUGCUCGAAUUACCGAAAGAUGAGGAUACCCCACAAAAACGAGUCGAGAAAAUCUUCGCCAAUAUGGAUAAGAACUAUGACGGCAUGUUGACAAGGGAAGAGUUCAAAGAAGGCUCCAAAGCGGAUCCGUGGAUCGUCCAAGCGUUGACAAUGGAUAUGAAUUCUACUACGGCA